ACUCCUGCUGAGGAGAAGGUGGGAAGAGAGCUCAGCUCCUGUCUUAUAAAGAUGUGUCCAGGACAAGAGGGACGGCUGCUGGGUGAGGGAAAGCUCCAUGUCACUAGGAGUGUGAGAUAUUAAUAAUAAUAAUGGUAAUAGUAAUAGGUACACCUUAUGUUCCAUAUCCUCCCACAACUGCAUCACUUCUCCUCCUCUCUCUAGCAGGAGGCCUCAUCAUCCCCCUCAUGAUCAUCAUCUCCAUCAUCACCAUCAUCAUCAUCACCAUCACCAUCAUCAUCAUCACCACCAUCAUCAUCAUCACCACCACCAUCAUCAUCAUCAUCACCAUCAUCACCAUCAUCAUCAUCACCAUCACCGUCAUUAUCAUCACCAUCAUCACCAUCACCAUCAUCACCAUCAUCAUCAUCAUCAUCAUCACCACCAUCAUCAUCAUCACCAUCACCAUCAUCACCAUCACCACCAUCAUCACCAUCACCAUCAUCACCAUCAUCAUCAUCACCACCACCAUCGUCAUCAUCACCAUCACCAUCAUCACCAUCACCACCAUCACCAUCAUCACCAUCACCAUCAUCACCAUCACCAUCAUCAUCAUCAUCACCAUCGUCAUCAUCACCAUCACCAUCAUCAUCAUCACCAUCAUCACCAUCACCAUCAUCAUCAUCACCACCAUCGUCAUCAUCACCAUCACCAUCAUCAUCAUCAUCACCAUCAUCACCAUCAUCAUCAUCAUCAUCAUCACCAUCAUCACCAUCAUCAUCACCACCACCAUCAUCAUCAUCACCAUCAUCAGCAUCAUCACCAUCAUUGUCACAUCACCAUCAACAUCACCAUCACCAUCACUAUCAUCUGUGUUUCACGACUGAAGAAGCCCAGGCACAGGGAGUUAAGUGGUCACCACAUGAUAAACAAUUACAUUGUUCCAAACCCUACAAAAUCCCCCAUCUGUUUGGUUCUCCUGGGCCAAGAAGAGUAGUGGUGACCCCAGGCUGACUGGCCUCAUGUGGCUAGGGGAGUGGAAGAAUGGGAGGAAGGGCUCACCUCCAUCCUUUCAGGGCAUACCUGGAAGUUCCUCCCAUGACCUCUGCUCACAGUGCGUUGGCCAGGACCUGGUCACAUGGCCACCUGAGGCUGCAGUGGAGGCUGGGAAAUGGAGCCUUUGUUCUGAUCAACCACGUGCCCUGAUCCCAGGAGGGGCUCUAAUUCCCCGAAGGGGCAGAUGUGGAGGGAAGAGGCCUGAGUCUUCAUUUCUAAGUUCCUGGUGAGCUGGUGCUCCUGGUCCACAGACCCCGGUGCGAGUAGCAAAGCUUUAGGGGCUCAAACAUCCCUGUGUUCUUUCCCAGUGGGGGCCACCUGCUGGGGCCCGUGGGAGGUUCCUAUUUGGUCCUGUAGCUCAUCAGCGCUCGGGGUCCGUUCUGCAAAGCCUUCUGGCUGACCCCUGAGGACAGACCUCCGUGGUUCCCCCAGCUAAUUUGUGGAGCACUUCCUGUGGUGGGCUCCCCCCCGAGGAUGCAUUGCCCAGUCGCCUGGUGACUGUGUUUGUUUUCUAGACAUUGAUCUGACGCGUGUUAUGAAAGCACAGAGCUGGCUUCGAAAAGGGGUAAUUUCUCCUGUCGAUAUCAAACACAUUCAACGCAUCACCAAGCCUGCUCAUUACAAUUUCAAAUGUGCUCCGACACAGGAACCCAUAAUCCUCACCAGUCUCUCUGCCUCAGACUUUGGGGGGAACGGAUCUGAGUCCCAGCGUGGGCAUGUGAAGGCACUGAGCCCCGAUGUGAGGGCUGAGGACCCCUGUGGCACUCUGGGCAGAGGACCGUAUGUCUUCAGUGCGCCGAUGGCAUGGGCGGGUCAGGGCCACAUUGGCCAAGGCUGCCAUGUCCCACGGGCUGGACCCCUGGCAUUUCUCCGCUCACCCCCACAAACAUCAGCUAAUCCCCAGCGAAGUGUGAGGGAGAACCCUCAGCGCCAAUUCUGCCCGCUGUGCUGCUCUGGCUGAGCCGGGGAGGACACACAGUCCUUUCCCGGGAUUCAACCGUCCACACGGCAGAAGCCAUCUCGAAGGACUCACCCACCCGGAUCCAGCCUCGGGGCGCCACCAUGACGUGGGGCAGCUUCCUCCAUGCCCCUGCUCCGAGAUCACACUAUUCCACCCACAGAGGACCCAAGGCUGUCUGGUCCCAGCAGGCUGUUCCUAUUUCCGUCAACAUUAUUGGGAAUAUCCUAAUUCUCACCUCCCCCGCCCGCGUGUGAACCCUCCUCCAGGGUCGACUCUGAGAAGCAGGAUUGGAGAACCACAGGGCAUGUGUGUUUUCUGCUCUAAUGGAGACGCCCAGAUUGCUCUCCACAAAAGCUAUUCAAAGU